CAAAGAAAUAGUAACUUGCACACAAAUCAACAUAAAAUAAUUAUUAGAAAAAUAAGAUUGGUAUGUUUUAGGUAUAAUUCUAAGGUGUGGGUGUAAUAAUCAGUGUAAGAAUAUCUUUUCCCAAAAAGUAUUCAAUCUAGUUAUGAUGAAUAGACAGAAUCAACCAUUGCAUGUAGUACAUUCCGUAAACAACCUUUGCCUUUUUCUUAAAGCUAAUAUUGUUAUAUAACCUUAUUAUCCUUUUGGAUGAGAUGAUGAAUGACCUCUUUCAAUUAACCAGAGAUUAUAAAUUUAAACUCAAUCCUAAACUCUAAAGAUAUAUAAUAUGUAAAUUAAAUUAGCAUUUGAUGGUGUUUGAUAUUGCCCCUGACCUUUCAAAUGCUAUAAUAGAAACUCACAUUAUCUAAAACCAGUUAAUUCUUCCUCUUUCUCUUGAAGAGAAAAAAAAGUUUACAAGAAAUAAGAGAUUAAAUCAUGAAAAUUACCCUAAUUCUCACAUUCUCCAUCAUCUUUGUCCUCUCCCAGACAACACAAACAUUUAUCACUCAACCUCAAAUGAAUCAAUCUUCCAUCCAGCUGCAAAAUGAAACUAGAAAGAGUGGUGGUAGCUGCAAUUACAAAGUUAGCAUAACGAUAAGCUGCAAUUCUCCACCACAUACAACUGAUGAAAUCAGUAUUUUAUUUGGAGAUAAUAAUGCUUCCGAGGUUUAUGUUCAAAGAUUGGAUGAUCCUGAUUACGGGACAAUAUUCGAGCCAUGCACGACGAUUGUAUUUGAGAUAUUGGGACCAUGUAUUGGAAAAAUCUGCAAAAUGUAUCUAUUCAGAAAUGGAUCAGAUGGUUGGAUACCAGAGACUGUCACUGUGUAUCAUUAUGAUUACCCUCCUGUCGUAUUUAACUACAACAUUGAUAUUCCUCAAGAUGCUGGCUAUGGCUACAAUAAUUGUAAUAAUAAGGUUUAGUGUAAAUAUUUCUAAGAAAUAUGAGUCUUUCUUUUGUUUCAGCAGAGAUAAUAAGCUUAUUGUUUUUCAUUAUGGUUAUUUUUUCUAGCAAGUGAUUUAUGUACAUGAGGGAGUUAUUUCCGACUUCUUGGAAAUGACAUAAUUUCUAGACAUGCGUCAUAAACAUUUUGAAAGUUUGGGUUUGAACUAAGUCUUGGACAUGAAACUGUGUAAAAAUUUUUGGGCGAGAUCUUUGUCAUCUAUUGAGGUUCUCCCGGUUCGAGACAUUAAUCUCUACAGUUGCAUGUAGAGGAUAUCCGAUUUUUAUAGAAAAAAACAUUUAGAAAGAUGAAAGAGGAUAUGGUACUACAUCAUAUGCUGGUUGGAGAAUUUAAAGAUGAACCUUAAAGUAUAAUGCAGUAAUAACAUAUAAAGUUCAAGUUAGGAUUCGUAAACACUUUUAUAAAGACGAAAAACUUAUGAAGGUUACUUUGAAACAUCACUUGGGUUUUAGGUUGAAUGAUGGUAAAAAAAUAUGAUGAAAAAGGUUCAAAUUCAGUCAAUGAGAAUGAUUGCAUAAGUACUUCGAGCUUUAUUUUUCGAAUAUCGACCAAAAUUGACAAAAUAAAUUGAGAGCAGCCUUGAAGGACAAAAUGAAAGAAGUGGCCACCAUGAAUGACCAAUCUGUAAGAUAAAACGAUAGAGAGUUAAAUUAUCAUUAAUUAGAGUGUUCAAAAAAGGAUAGGUGAUAAAAGCAUGGUUUUAAAUUGCGGCUGCCGAUGUUGUGAUUACGGCCAAUGCGGUCGCUGCAUUGCGCAUUGCGGCAUGAAAUUAUUUUAUACACGCAUAAAAUAUUAAAAAAUAU